UUUUCCUCCCAGCAAGCUGUGCGACGCACCGGUUGUUAGCCUCUUUGUGCCAUCCGGGUCUCUCGCGCGAGCGUUUUCAGUCUGGCGAAGCGUUUAGGCGGCCGGUACUGUGGAGAGCGGCAAGUGGAGGUGCCGCCGUAGCGGCCAGGACUCUGCACUAUGGCGGCUAGUGAUACAGAACGAGAUGGACUAGCCCCAGAAAAGACAUCCCCAGAUAGAGAUAAGAAAAAAGAGCAGUCCGAUGUAUCUGUUUCUCCCAGAGCCUCAAAACAUCAUUAUUCAAGAUCACGAUCAAGGUCAAGAGAAAGAAAACGAAAGUCAGAUAAUGAAGGAAGAAAACACAGGAGCCGGAGCAGAAGCAAAGAGAACCAACUUCUUCUUAAAACAGGCAAGAAGACAUGAAUCCAAAGAUAAAUCCUCUAAGAAACACAAGUCUGAGGAACAUAAUGACAAAGAGCAUUCUUCUGAUAAAGGAAGAGAGCGGCUAAAUUCAUCUGAAAAUGGUGAGGACAGACACAAACGCAAAGAAAGAAAGUCAUCAAGAGGCAGAAGUCAUUCAAGGUCUAGGUCUCGUGAAAGGCGUCAUCGUAGUAGGAGCAGAGAGCGGAAGAAGUCAAGAUCCAGGAGUAGGGAGCGGAAAAAGUCAAGAUCCAGAAGCAGAGAGAGGAAGAAAUCACGAUCCAGAAGCAGGGAGAGAAAACGUCGGAUCCGAUCUCGUUCCCGCUCAAGAUCAAGACACAGACAUAGGAGUAGAAGCAGGAGUAGGACAAGGAGUAGAAGUCGAGAUAGAAAGAAGAGAAUUGAAAAACCGAGAAGAUUUAGCAGAAGUUUAAGCCGAACUCCUAGCCCACCUCCCUUCCGAGGCAGAAACACAGCAAUGGAUGCACAAGAAGCUUUAGCUAGGAGGUUGGAAAGGGCAAAGAAAUUACAAGAACAGCGAGAAAAGGAAAUGGUUGAAAAACAAAAACAACAGGAAAUAGCUGCAGCAGCUGCAGCUACCGGAGGUUCUGUUCUCAAUGUUGCUGCCCUAUUGGCAUCAGGAACACAAGUAACUCCUCAGAUAGCUAUGGCAGCUCAAAUGGCAGCCUUGCAGGCUAAAGCUUUGGCAGAGACUGGAAUAGCUGUACCUAGCUAUUACAACCCAGCAGCUGUGAAUCCAAUGAAAUUUGCUGAACAAGAGAAAAAAAGGAAAAUGCUUUGGCAAGGCAAGAAAGAAGGAGACAAAUCCCAGUCUGCUGAAAUAUGGGAGAAAUUGAAUUUUGGAAACAAGGACCAAAAUGUCAAAUUUAGGAAAUUAAUGGGUAUUAAGAGUGAAGAUGAAGCUGGAUGUAGCUCCGUUGAUGAAGAAAGUUACAAGACCUUGAAACAGCAGGAAGAAGUAUUCAGAAAUCUAGAUGCUCAGUAUGAAAUGGCAAGAUCACAAACCCACACACAAAGAGGAAUGGGAUUGGGUUUCACAUCAUCAAUGCGAGGAAUGGACACAGUUUGAAGAAAAUCACACUUUAUACUUGGGACUUUUAUAGACUUCUGGUUCUGAUGUCAGGUCCUUGUUCACCAAACAGCUGGCAUUCUAGCUUGCAUGGGUGUUGCAUUGACUUUAAUUUAUUGAAAAAUACGAUUUUUUGUAAAUAUCAGAUCAGUGAUAAUGGUGUUAGUGUUGUAAUCAGGUUAAACCCGCUUCCAUUAAACUUGACAGGACUAUAGAAGGACAAUAUUUUUUAGUUAAUGAAUUCUACUUUUCAAAUAUAUAAAAGCUGCAGAUGGGAUAAAAUCUCAUACAUGGAUUUUUGGUGUCCACUGUCUUGUGUACUUUUGUACUUAACCUUGUACAGUUAUUUUCAUCUCUUGAAACAUGAAAGAAAUGUUAUGUAGAUGUUCUUUAGAAGAUCUGGCCAUUUGGUACAUAAUCCAGCACAAAUAGGCUGGGUGGUGAUGAUAAUAAAAAUGGUUUUCUCAAAA